AUGGCUCCCUCCAGCACCUUUGGAGCCGAGAACGGACCUGGCCCUCAUUCCCCUACUGAGUCGGUUUCAUCGGCCGUGUCUGUCGAUAGUGAUAUAGCAAUUCGAAAUGUUGGAAGAAAGUCCCUCGCCCAGGAGAUUGAGGAUUGUCUGGAACGUAAAGAAAACCGCAAAGAAGACACACAAACAGUCGCCGAGGUCCCCAUCGAACAUGCGGUUCUUAACUGGUUCUUUGGCCGCCAAAUUGAAAAAAGACUUGCCCUCUGA